AUGAAGCCCUCAAUCUCGGAAUACUUUCGACACAAUGUCCAUCACACUCCCCUCCCAGCUCUGAUCGAUGAGCUCGCCCACCUCCAUCGGGAUCAUCCCAUGAUCUCUCUCCCACGAGACAACCAUGAUGUAGCCGCUGGAUACCGUGACAUCUCGUAUGGCGACUUCUCUCGCGCUGUGAAUCGCGCCGCCUCCUGGAUUGUCGACACCCUCGGGUCAUGCAGCACGAACUUUGAAGUGCUGCAUUAUGUCGCACCACAGGACCUCUCGUACAUGAUUAUCAUGCUGGCGGCAGUAAAGACAGGGUACCAGACCCUGACAUGCCAUCCCGCCGCCGAAGUCGAUACUCAUCUCUCUCUCAUUGAGAAAACAAACUGCCGAAUUUUGCUCCACCCCAGCCCAGGCCACCCCAAAGCCAAUGCCAUCCAGCUCCGGCAGCCCGACUUGAUGCUGAUCACCACCCCGAGUCUGGACUCCUGGCUCUCGGAGUCCUAUUCUCCCAUGCGUGUCUACCCCUAUGAGAAACCACUGGCCGAUGCCCUCUCCGAUCCCUUUGCCAUCAUCCACACGUCGGCCAGCACUGGCGCAGCCAAACCCAUCUACAUGACUCACGCCACGAUGACGCAACAAUCUCUCGCCUUUGCCAGGUGUCAAUCCUUGGCGACGAUCAACUUCACGCACUGGCAGGACCGCCGCGUAGCGUUACUCACCCCGCUCUCCAUCGCCGCCGGGCUCUACAACGUCCUGGGCAUUAACAUCUUCUUCAACCUGACAAUCGUGCUGCCGAUCCCGGGCGUGCGCAUGUCCGCCGCCAUACUCGACGACGUGCUCCAACACGGCCGCGUCACGGCCUGUAUUCUCAGUCCCAAAUUCCUGCGCGACACCUGCGCCAACCCAACCUAUCUCCAUCGGCUUCGAUGCCUGCAGCACCUCGCCGUCGUGGGCGCCCCUUUCCCCACUGAUCUCGGUCCCAUCAUGCGCGCCCACACCCGCCUCGCCCACAUCUACGGCUCCUCCGAAGCCAAUAUCUUUCCCGUCCACACUACCGACGACCCAGAGGACUGGGCAUACAUGAAACUGGACCCGGUGCUGUCGCAUGAAUUCCGCCCCGUCGUCAAGGGCUACCACGAACUAGUUCUGCUGCGGAAUGACGAGGGCCGAUGUCAGAGUGCGUUCUACAUGUUUCCGCACAUGCAGGAUUAUCCAAUGAAGGACCUGUUUGUGCAACACCCUCGGAAAAAGGACCUCUGGCGGUAUUGCGGCCGGAUCGAUGACCUGACGAACUCGGAGACUGAGGGACGGUUCUUGCCACGGGAGAUGGAAAUGGCCCUUGAAGCGCAUCCGGGGAUCACCGCCGCAGUGCUCUGCGACGAGAAGGGCGGGGACAUCCCCGUCUUGCUGGAGGUUGAUCCGGCCCUUGUUGGGGGCGGCCGCCGCGAGGAUUGGAUCGACUCGAUCUGGUCGGCGGUCGAGAUUGCAAAUGAGAAGUGUCCCAUUGAUAAUGCCAGCAUCAAGAAGCACGGCGUGAUUUUCGUUCAUCCAGAUCGUCCUCUGCCAAUCGGUGUCAAGGGUUUUCCGCAGCGGGCUGCGUCCAAGACACUCUAUGCGGCCGAAAUUAUGGCGUCUUAUCGGCGAAUCUAA